UUCUUGUUCUCUCUUUUCAGUGAACAUGGCCACUUCAUUGCAGGAAGAAACUCUCAUAGUGGCAAAUGACUAUAUGGAUUUCUGCAUUGGAAUCAAGAAGGCACCUCCCAGCGAAGCCGCCAAAGCCAUGAGAUACCUGGGAAAGGAUGUUGAAAGAAUCUAUGGGUUCAGACUGCGCCCACUUGUGCAAUUUCUCUUGGACAGCAGUGGCAUUAACACCUGGACCCAACUCAGGAGUGUGAUGAUGGAGGUGAUUGGAAGGGAAGCGAUGAGCUGGGGCCAAAUUGUCAGCCUCUUUUCCUUCACGGGAAUACUGGCCGUCCAGUUGUCUACUGGCGAAGAUGAUGUUGCCUGCAGUAGACGGCUGGCGGAACUUUUGACAGAAGUACUUCUGACGGAAAAAGAAGAAUGGAUGGUCCAAAAUGGAGGCUGGGUCAGAAAGCUGCUAAAAAGAACCCUACCAGGCUUCUUCCAGUCUUCCUUUCUGAUCUUCAGGAAACUGCCAGGAACAUCAGGGGUUUCAUUAGGAGGGAGCUGAGUAGCGGCCCGGGGGACGGGGGGGUCCAAUUCACUGGACACAUGCCAGGACCCG